AUGAUCACUUCAAUAAUUAUAAACAUUGCACUAACAAUAAUAUUUUUUGCAACCACUUCAAUUUCAAGAAACCCACCAAUACAAUACCCAAAUAUCCACGGUCUCUGGCAAACCCAAUCCCGCUCAGUAAUCACUGGUCCUAAAUUCUUCAACCCAAUAGAUGAAAUUCUAUACGAACCAACUCAACCAGGUAUAUCUUAUUCAUUCAACCUAAAGACAAUGUCAUAUGAAACUUCACAAUAUCUAGUUUAUUCAAAUCCAGUAAAUCAUACUUGCCCCAAAGCUAAACUUAUAUGGCAUCAUGGACAUUUCCAAUUUGAUUCAAUUAAAGCACCACGACAAAAUGAAAUAGGUCAUUAUAAAAUUAUCUUAACGUCAAUAAAAGAUGAUGGAAGACAAUUAACUAGUGAUCCAUGUCAUUCUUCCUUUUCAGAGUAUCAACGAUACACUACAAAAAAAGAAAUUUGGAAAUUAAAUUUAGAAUGGGAUUCUUAUUUUAAAAACUGGAAAUUAAUAUUAUAUAAUGAUCAAUCUUUGGAAUUACAAAAUGUUAAUUUAAAUGAUGAAUUUGGAUUUUAUGAAUUUGGAAUUAGAAAAAUUACAAUGUGGUUAGGUUCAAAUGAAUGUAGUGAAAUGAUGCCUUCUGUUCAAGUUACUUCUAAAAAAAAGACUUAUAUUGAUGUUGUUUAA